AUGGGAAGUGCCGUGCAGGUGUGUGUGGCCUCCCUUGGCAUGGUUGGCGUGCUGAUCUUCAUGUGGCUUGCAGUCCCCACUGAGCAAACGCUGGAUUUGAAGUUUCCCAACGUAGUGAUCUUGCGAGGUUUUGGGAAUGCAGAUAUUGACCCGAUAUCCUUUGACAACAACACGCUACCUGGCAUCACCGCGGCAGAGGCUUCCCAGUUCAAUGGGUUCUACCAGUUUGAGCCACUCUUUUACCACAAAAGCUUCGAUCGCUUCGUUCCCUGGGAGCAGCGCGAAAAGACAAUGGUCUUCAGCUGCACUCUUGGCUGCAGCGCUUACAAUACGACAGCAAAAGAGGUGAAGCUGGCUUUGGUACAUGCCUCGCUCGACGGCAAAAGAUACAGCUGGUAUUUGACCGAGAUGCGAGAUGAAGAUGCGAAUUCACCGAUCAUUUAUGCUAGAACAAAGCUUAGAAAGUCCCCGACCUACCGUGUUCCUUGGUUGACGGUGACGCCUGGUGGUGAUUUGAAGCCCCGGGAUUUGGAGGAUGUCGACAUCAUCACAGCCUGGGAUGCCUUGCGCUUUGACACUCCGUUAAAGUGGGGUGUCACCGCCGUCAUAGUUGGAGCCAUUGUGCUCUGGUGUAGAUCGAAGGAGAAGGACGACUAG